AGUAUUACCAAUCGUUUUUACACGUCAUGUGGAUUUGACGCUUGCCGCAUGAUUCUGGUCCCUACAAAGUGAUGAAAUGGGCUGUAAUAAGAAUAUAAGUGAUUUCGGUGCGUUAAGAACUAAAUAUCCUUAGCGAUGGAGAAAAAGGAGCUCUUCUACCGCCUGGUUUUACUCCUUUUACACGCGGUGGUCGAUUUAUUCGACUUUAUUCGUUAUGCCUGGGUGUACCUGCGGUUGAAGAUCUCCGAUUUUCGCUUGAAAUACGCUGAAAUACGAAGUUUUGAAGCUCAAACUAGGAAGCUAAAUAAACUACCAAAGCAUUUAACCGUGCUUCUUGGUGUUGAAGAACCAAGCAUCAAAGAUUUAGCUAAUUUUAUUUUUUGGUCUGUCAGUGUUGGAAUUCCUUAUAUUAGUUUUUAUGAUCAUAAAGGUUUAUUAAAGAAGAGGAUUGACUGUUUUAAAAGUGAAGUGAAUAAAUGGGAAGGAAUACAUUUUUUAUUUCACCAUGAGGAUAGUAUAGGUUAUAAAAAUGGUUUUAGUGGGAAAAAAAUUCAUAUUAAGCUUUUAUCGUCUACAGAUGGUCGAAAUAAGGUGGCGGAAAAAUGUAGGGAAUUCGUUUCGAUAAAAAAUUUCGAUGUGCAAUACAUCGAUGCGGUUUUACGGGAAUCUUUUGAAUUCCCAGAUCCUGAUUUGGGGGUUUAUUUUGGGAAAAGUUUUCGUUUAUACGAUUAUCCCCCAUGGCAAAUUGCGGUCACUGAAUUUGUAAAUAUUCCUACUCAUUAUAAUUGUCAUCGUAAACAAUUCCUUGAAUUAUUAUUAAGGUACGAUAAAUGUGAACAGAGGCUUGGAAAAUAAUUAUAAAUAUUUAGGAUUUAAGUAUAAAUAAAGUAAGUGUACAAAUUUCUUAUGUAUAUUAUGUAAUAAAUCAAGUGAUUAAAAGAGACUUUUUUUAAUACAUAAAAUUUAUUUGUUUAUGU